AUGGGACUAGAACACAUCCAAGAGGAAAUACUUAGCAGGCUGCCUGUGAAGUCUCUUAUUCGGUUCAAGCGUGUUUCGAAAUCUUGGAAGACAUUAAUCUCCGAACCUUACUUUAAGAAGAAGCAUCUCAAUCAUGCCAAAAACCACAAUUCCCGAAAAUUGCUUAUUAGCCAAAGUGGUUAUGGUCAGGAUCAUACUUUUACCUUCUAUUCUUCUUCUUUGUCCUCAGUUCAACUUGUUAAGGAUAUACAAAGACUUGAUUGGCCUUUAAACUCGAAAACAAUUCAUGCUAGAGUAUAUUGUUGUUGCGAUGGCUUGUUUCUCAUCGGUAUUUGGAGUAAUGUUGAGGAGGAACAUCCUUCAAUAUUAUUGCUAUGGAACCCCGCCACAAGAGAAUCAAUAGUACUUUCUCAUUCAGAAUUGCCGCCAUCAGAAUUAUCUCUUUAUGGAUUAGGAUAUGACUCCACUAGUAAUGACUACAAAGUCGUUAGGAUUGACGGGUAUGAUUAUUAUACACCCGAUGAAAUUCUCGUACUAAAAAGUGGUUCCUGGAAGAAAAUUGAUAAAACAACAUAUAGGUCAGAUGGCUGGUUAUGCGCAUCUCAUGACAAUAUGGACGGUUUGGUAUUUGUACAUGGAGCACUUCAUUGGCUCGGUUGCGAGCCGAGGUUCACAGUGGUUUCGUUUGAUAUUUCGAAUGAGAUGUACGGAGAAAUACCGCUGCUUAAGAUAAUGCACUCAUUCACUAUGAAAACAGGUUUAUCAGUGUUAGGAGGAAUGCUUUGUGUUCAUUGUAACAAGCACGAAACUUUUAAUUUAUGGGUAAUGUACGACUAUGGUGUCAAAGAAUCUUGGAUUAAAUCGUUCACCAUACCACAAAAACAAUAUGGGUUUUGUUUUAUCACACCGAUAUAUAGGUUUCCUGAUGAUGAAGUGCUGCUAUUUUGCAACCUCAAAAAGGUUGGAACUGUAUUUAGGACAUUCGAUGCAUCAUUCAGAUUAAGCAAUCGAAUAUGGCCGCUAGAUUGUGACGAUAUUGAUGCACGUACCAUUCAAGAUGGUUUUGUUUAUACAGAAAGUUUGAUCUCUCCAAAAUUGGAUCAUUAA